AGUCUACCGAAAAAGUGUUGAAAAUUCACAAAACACAGGUCAGUUUUUGGCGAAGUCGACAAAGCUUUUAAAAAAUUUGUGUGUAACGACGUGUUUACAAACGAGUAAAAACGACGAUAUCGGCGAUUACCACCGGACUCGGGUCUAUAAUGGCAGCCAGCGAUUCUGCAGGCGAUGAUUCUUUGUAUCCCAUUGCUGUUUUAAUCGACGAACUCAAAAAUGAAGAUGUGCAGCUUCGGCUAAACUCAAUAAAAAAACUUUCAACAAUAGCAUUAGCUCUUGGAGUAGAACGUACAAGAACCGAACUAAUACCUUUUUUGACAGAAACUAUAUAUGACGAAGAUGAGGUUCUUCUGGCACUUGCAGAACAAUUGGGGACAUUCAUAAAUUUAGUAGGAGGCUCUGAGUAUGCUUAUUGUCUUCUACCACCUUUGGAAAGUUUAGCUACAGUUGAAGAAACUGUAGUUAGAGAUAAAGCAGUAGAAUCAUUAAGAGCCGUUGCCCAGCAGCACAGUCCUGCUGAUUUAGAGACACAUUUUGUACCUCUAGUACAGAGGUUGGCUGCUGGAGAUUGGUUUACAACUAGAACCUCAGCUUGUGGGUUAUUUUCAGUAUGUUAUCCAAGAGUCUCACCACUAGUUAAGGGUCACCUAAGAGCUCAUUUUAGGGCUCUGUGCCAAGAUGAUACACCUAUGGUACGAAGAGCUGCUGCAACUAAACUUGGUGAAUUGGCACAAGUGGUUGAAUUGGAAUAUCUAAAAUCUGACCUAAUACCCAUGUUUGUUAAUUUAGCCCAAGAUGAACAGGAUUCAGUUCGACUUCUUGCAGUUGAAGCCUGUGUAAGUAUUGCAACACUCUUACAACAAGAAGAUGUUGAACAACUAGUAAUGCCCACUCUUAGACAAUGCACAGGUGAUACAUCCUGGAGAGUCCGAUAUAUGGUAGCAGAAAGAUUUACAGAAUUGCAGAAAGCUGUGGGACCUGAAAUUACAAGAACUGACUUGGUUAAUGCUUUCCAAAGCCUUUUGAAAGAUACUGAAGCUGAAGUUAGAGCUGCAGCAGCAAAUAAAGUAAAAGAUUUUUGCCAAAACUUAGACAAGGCUCAUCAAGAAAACAUUAUAAUGACAAAUAUUUUACCAUGUGUUAAAGAAUUAGUAGCAGAUCCAAAUCAGCAUGUCAAAUCAGCCCUGGCCUCAGUUAUUAUGGGCUUGAGCCCAAUUCUUGGUAGACAUAAUACAAUAGAGCAUUUGUUGCCACUCUUUUUGACACAACUCAAAGAUGAAUGUCCCGAAGUCAGGCUCAAUAUCAUUUCUAAUUUGGACUGUGUAAAUGAAGUAAUAGGCAUUCAACAACUAUCUCAAUCUCUCCUCCCAGCCAUUGUAGAACUCGCAGAAGAUUCAAAAUGGAGGGUACGAUCGGCUAUUAUAGAAUAUAUGCCUUUGUUAGCCGGCCAACUCGGCAGGGAAUUUUUUGAUGAAAAAUUAAAUGCGUUGUGCAUGACAUGGUUGAUGGACCAUGUGUUUGCCAUCAGAGAAGCAGCCACAUUAAAUUUAAGGAAGUUGGUUGAUCAGUUUGGAGCAGAAUGGGCAGAGAGUACAAUCAUACCCAAGGUUCUAGCUAUGUCUAGGGAUCCAAAUUAUUUAUACAGAAUGACAUGUUUGUUCUGCAUAAACGUCUUAGCUGAAGCUUGCGGUAGCGACAUAACCACAAAAGUGCUUUUACCUACCGUUUUGAGCAUGGCGAACGAUAAAGUAGCAAACGUCAGAUUCAACGUUGCCAAAACCUUACAACGGAUAGCGCCGCAAUUGGAUCAAUCAGUUAUACAGCCUCAAGUCAAGCCUGUGCUAGACAAAUUGAAUGUUGACACUGACGUGGAUGUAAAAUAUUCGGCGUCCGAAGCCAUCAUGGGCAUUGCUGUCCAAACAAGACUGCAUAAAUCGAGAAUUCAAAAGUAUUAACACUAGAAGAUGAAUUAUGUACAAGUUUAUGAGACACGUUUUAAAGAAGUCAUUUAUUUAGAAAAACUGUAAAUAAAUGUUGCAUCUGUCUAUAUUAAAUUUUGAGUAAUAAAGGUAUUUUUUAUAGUUU